UGUUCAUACAGCUGUUUGCGGACAGUCGCUGUGGUUCAGACCUGAUUCCAUACGGCCGGCGAUGGCGGGACGCGUGUGCGCCGCCGACUUUGAGGAGGAGGCCAAGAAGAUCCUUCCCAAAUCCGUCUACGACUACUACCGCUCUGGAGCCGACGGGCAGACCACGCUGGCCCACAACCUGUCCGCCUUUCACAGGUGGUAUCUCAUUCCUCGGGUGCUCAGGAACGUGUCCACGGUGGAUUUGUCGGUCUCGGUUCUGGGUCGGACGCUCAGCAUGCCCCUGUGUGUCGCAGCCACCGCCAUGCAGAGGAUGGCUCACCCUGCAGGAGAGACCGCCACCGCCAGAGCAUGCAAAGCAGCAGGAACAGGGAUGAUGCUGAGCUCGUGGGCCACCUCCACCAUAGAAGAAGUGAUGUCAGCCAUGACGGCGGUGCAGGGCGUCGGGGGGGUCCUCUGGAUGCAGCUGUACAUUUAUAAAGACAGAGAGCUCACGCUGUCGUUGGUGCGGCGGGCAGAGGACGCCGGCUACGCCGCCAUCUUUGUGACUGUGGAUACUCCCUUCCUGGGGAAAAGGCUGGAUGAUGUUCGCAAUCGCUUCAAGAUGCCCCCACACCUGAGCAUGUCCAACUUCUCCACGGCGUCUCUGGCCUUCUCUGAGGACAGCUAUGGCGACGACAGCGGCCUGGCCGUGUACGUCGCCAACGCCAUCGACCCCACCAUCAGCUGGGAGGACAUCACCUGGCUGAAGAAGAACACGCGCCUUCCUGUGAUCGUGAAAGGAAUCCUGAACGCUGAAGAUGCGGUUUGUGCUCUGAACUACGGCGCCGACGGCAUCCUGGUCUCCAAUCACGGCGCUCGGCAGCUGGAUGGCGUUCCUGCUACGCUGGACGUGCUGGAGGAGGUGGUGCAGGCGGUCCAGGGGCGGUGCGACGUCUACAUGGACGGAGGCGUGAGGCGGGGCACAGACGUCCUGAAGGCCCUGGCUCUGGGGGCCAAAGCGGUCUUCAUGGGCAGACCUGUGCUGUGGGCCCUAGCCUGUCAGGGAGAAGGAGGAGUAACGGAGCUCCUGGAGCUCCUGAAGGAGGAGCUGAAGCUGGCCAUGGCUCUGUCAGGCUGCCGCUCUCUGUCAGAGGUGACCAGGUCUUUGGUCAGGAGAGCGGACUUCUCCUCCAGGAUGUGAAGAACAGCCACAGCUGUCCAGAGGUCUUCAACCAGCAACCCUGGAGGAAGUGAUUCUCACCUCUGUGGCCGAUCGCUUAGAAAUGAUUGUAACUUCCUGUCAUACUUGAGACAGAAACAAUAAAGAUCUGAGGGUUCAAACCCUCACUGGCUGC